CCAGCGCUGUGUCUGCAGCAGGACUUGCCCCUCGGGCACGGCAGCAGCUCGCUUGCCUUUGCCCUUCCCCCGCUUGCCACCAGACUGACCUCGCAAGACAUGGCAGGGAGCACUGGCUGUAAACGUGGGCUGGUUUAUUCCUUUCCCCGAGGCUGGAUGUGCAAGUUUCCAGGAGUAUUUUAAACGGAGUAACUGGAAGAAGAAUAAGGAGUUAAAAGAUUUACAGCUGAGGCGUGAAAAUUCCGCUUUGCGGUGUCGUAAUUCAGAUUGGGUUUUACUUUGUUACUUGGCACGGAGCUGGAUCUCCUUGUGUCACUUACAUUCAUUCCCGUGCCUCUUGCCUCUUUUUCCAUGGUGUAUUUUUCUUUGAGAUACCAGAAUUCCUUUGUUUUAUAGCUGUAAUUAUUGAGGGCUUGUAGAUAUUUCUGAUCUGUAGAUUUUCAGUUGGCUAAAAUGUGUCAGGUGACAGAUGUGUCCUUUGGUCUCUUUCCUGUUUCAUACAGAAAAAAGCUUUUAUUUCAGUCUUUCCUAGAGUGGGAAAGCAGGCACAAGAGAGCAGCAUACGAGCUUUAGUCAUGAGAGUGCUGUUCAGUAUAUUCAUUUGCCUAUCCCAAACUCCAGUGUAUGAUUUGCAGAGAAUAAGAAGGACCCAUCUCUGUGAGGAGCUGUGCACUGUAAUUUUUUUUUUGUUGCGCUUGGCAGAAGCCAAAGUUUCACUCCACAAAUAUUGGCUGAGCUUCCCCCUGUGCACACAGGGAGUGAUGGCUGUGACCAUUCUGUGAUGCCAUCUGUCUGCUUCCCAGGUGUGGCAUAAAGCAAAUGUCGUGUGCAGCUGACCAAGCUGCUCUUUGGAGAUCACAGCAGGAAUUUCUGGCUUUAUCCCCAGAUCUUCUGUAAAAUGGGAAUACUUAUUGCAGUUCUUGGAAUCUGGUUCAGCUCUUCACUUGUAAAAGCAGAUUCUAAGGCUGUAACAACCUCUCUAACUACAAAGUGGUCUUCAACUCCUUUACUCCUUGAAACAAGUGAAUUUUUAUCAGAAGAAGGUCAAGAAAAAUUCUGGAAUUUUGUUGAAGCCAGUGAGAAUAUUAAGAGAGCUGAGCAUGAUGGCAGUGAUUAUUCUUCUUACCAGGAGAUGCUGAAAGUGGCCUGCCAGACUCUGUCACCUUUGCAGCAGAAUUUGUUGAAAUUUUCCCUGUCUUUACGCUCUUACUCUGCAGCAGUUCAAGCUUUUCAACAGAUAGCAGCAGAUGAAUCUCCACCAGAGGGCUGUACCCUGUUUUUUGUUGUACAUGGGGAGAAAACAUGUGAAUUUGACUCUCUUGGAAACCUUUUACAGGCAGCUUCAGACAGGCCAAAGCCAUUUUUGUUCAAGGGGGACCACAAAUACCCAGCAUCAAAUCCUGAAAGUCCUGUGGUCAUACUUUAUGCAGAGAUUGGCUCAGAGGAGUUCUACAGACACCACAGGAGCCUUGUUUCAAAGGCUGAGGCAGGAGAAAUCACUUAUGUGCUCAGACACUACAUUGCUAAUCCCAGCAAGGAAAAGGUCUACCUCUCUGGCUAUGGAGUAGAACUGGCUAUUAAAAGUACAGAAUAUAAGGCCAAGGAUGAUACCCAGGUGAAAGGCACAGAUGUGAAUGCUACAGUCAUAGAUGAAAAUGACCCUAUUGAUGAAGUGCAAGGAUUUCUAUUUGGAAAACUAAGGCAACUGUAUCCUGACUUGUCAGAAGAGCUGAAAGAGCUCAGAAAACACCUUGUGGAAAGUACCAAUGAAAUGGCACCUUUGAAAGUAUGGCAGCUACAAGAUUUGAGUUUUCAAACUGCUGCUCGCAUUUUGACUGCUCCCCCUGUGGAUGCUCUGAUGGUCAUGAAAGAUCUUAGUCAGAACUUUCCUACAAAGGCCAGAGCCAUAACAAAAACAGUUGUUUCUUCGGAGCUCAGAGCAGAAAUUGAAGAGAACCAAAAGUAUUUCAAGGGAACGUUAGGAUUGCAACCAGGAGAUUCUGCCCUAUUCAUCAAUGGACUACUUAUUGAUUUAGACACUCAGGAUAUAUUUAGCUUGAUUGAUGUGCUCCGCAAUGAAGCUCGUGUUAUGGAAGGCCUGCACAGCUUGGGAAUCGAGGGAAUUUCCUUACACAAUGUCCUGAAGUUGAACAUCCAGCCAUCAGAUUCUGACUAUGCUGUGGACAUCAGAAGCCCUGCCAUUUCAUGGAUCAACAAUCUUGAAGUUGAUAGUCGGUACAAUUCCUGGCCUUCCAGUGUGCAAGAACUGCUGCGUCCCACAUUUCCUGGUGUGAUCAGGCAAAUUAGAAAAAACUUCCAUAAUUUUGUGCUGAUAGUAGAUCCCACUCAUGAGACCACAGCAGAAUUACUGAAUGUGGCAGAAAUGUUCUUCAGUAACCACAUCCCACUGAGGAUAGGACUGGUCUUCGUGGUUGAUGACUCAGAGGAUGUUGAUGGACUUCAGGAUCCUGGUGUUGCCCUCCUCAGGACAUACAAUUAUGUGGCACAAGAAAUGGACAAUAAUUAUGCUUUUCAGACUGUCAUGUCUAUAUAUAACAAAGUGAAAACAGGAGAUCAGCUGAAAGUGGAACAUGUUGUUAGUGUUCUUGAGAAACAGUAUCCUUAUGUGGAAGUCAACAGCAUUCUGGGAAUUGAUUCUGCCUAUGAUCAAAACAGAAAGGCAGCAAGAGCUUACUAUGAGCAAACAGGUGUAGGCCCUCUGCCUGUUGUCCUGUUCAAUGGAAUGCCUUUCCAAAAAGAUCAGCUGGAUCCUGAUGACCUGGAAACUGUGACAAUGCACAAAAUCCUGGAAACCACAAGCAUCUUCCAGCGAGCUGUAUACCUGGGUGAACUAUCUAAUGACCAAGAUGUGGUUGAGUAUAUCAUGAACCAGCCUAAUGUUGUUCCAAGAAUUAACUCAAGAAUCCUAAGGUCUGACAGAGAGUACCUAGAUCUGACAGGAAUGAAUAACCAUUUUGUGGAUGACUUUGCUCGAUUUACCACAUUGGAUUCUAAAGAUAAGACAGCUGCUGUUGCAAACAGCAUGACCUACUUAACAAAGAAAGGAAUGUCUUCCAAGGAGAUCUAUGAUGAUUCCUUUGUUAGACCAGUUACUUUUUGGAUUGUUGGUGAUUUUGAUAAACCUUCAGGGAGGCAAUUGUUGUAUGAUGCCAUUAAACAUCAGAAAUCCAGCAAUAACGUUCGAAUUAGCAUGAUUAAUAAUCCUAGUGAAGAGCCCAACAGCCAGAAUACCAUUGUAGCUAAAGCCAUAUGGGCAGCUUUGCAGACACAAACCUCAAAUAAUGCCAAGAACUUCAUCACCAAGAUGGCAAAAGAAGAAACUGUGAAGGCACUGGAGGCAGGAGCUGACAUCUUGGAAUUUGCUGUUGGGGGUAUGGAUACCAAUAUUUUCAAAGAAGCCUUUGAAUCUCCCAAGGUGGAUUUUGUUCUGUCCCAUGCCAUUUAUUGCAGAGAUGUUCUAAAGCUGAAGAAGGGGCAGAGGGCUGUGAUCAGCAAUGGACGGAUUAUUGGCCCAUUAGAAGAUGGAGAGAUGUUCAAUCAGGAUGAUUUUCAUCUCCUUGAAAAUAUCAUACUAAAGACAUCAGGACAGAAAAUCAAAUCUCAGAUUCAGCAGCUGGGAUUUGAAGAAGAUCUGGCAAGUGACUUGGUAAUGAAAGUGGAUGCUCUUCUUUCUGCCCAGCCAAAAGGAGAGGCAAGGAUUGAGUAUCAUUUUUUUGAAGAACGAUACAGUGCAGUUAAACUGAGACCAAAAGAGGGGGAGACAUACUUUGAUGUUGUGGCUAUUGUUGAUCCUGUGACCAGAGAUGCUCAAAGACUUGCUCCAUUACUUUUGGUUUUGAACCAGUUGAUAAAUAUGAACCUGAGAGUGUUUAUGAACUGCCAGUCUAAGCUUUCUGACAUGCCACUGAAAAGCUUUUACCGCUAUGUUUUGGAGCCAGAGAUUUCUUUCACAGCAGAGAAUAACUUUGCUCCAGGACCAAUUGCCAAGUUUUUAGAUAUGCCUCAGUCUCCACUGUUCACUCUGAAUUUAAAUACUCCUGAGAGUUGGAUGGUGGAGUCUGUUAGAACCCCAUAUGACCUUGACAACAUCUUCUUAGAGGAGGUGGACAGUGUUGUAGCUGCAGAGUAUGAACUGGAGUACCUGCUGCUGGAGGGACACUGCUAUGACAUUACAACUGGGCAGCCACCUCGGGGACUGCAGUUCACACUGGGGACUUCAGCCAGCCCUGUCAUCGUUGAUACCAUCGUCAUGGCCAACUUGGGCUACUUCCAGUUAAAAGCCAAUCCUGGUGCAUGGACUCUAAGACUGAGAAAAGGCAGAUCUGAAGAUAUUUACAGGAUCUACAGCCAUGAUGGCACAGACUCUCCACCUGAAGCUAACGAAGUUAUUGUUGUUCUCAAUAACUUCAAGAGCAAAAUUAUCAAAGUGAAGGUUCAGAAAAAGUUUGAUAUGAUGAAUGAAGAUCUACUAAGUGAUGGCACUAAUGAGAAUGAAUCUGGAUUUUGGGAAUCUCUCAAAUGGGGAUUCACAGGAGGACAAAAGAAUGAAGAUGUGAAACAAGAUAAAGAUGAUGUAUUAAAUAUAUUCUCUGUGGCCUCAGGACACCUAUAUGAGAGAUUCCUACGCAUAAUGAUGUUGUCUGUGCUGAAACACACCAAGACUCCUUUAAAGUUUUGGUUUCUGAAGAACUACUUAUCACCUACAUUCAAGGAGUUCAUCCCAUACAUGGCCAAGAAGUACAAUUUCCAGUACGAGCUUGUCCAGUAUAAAUGGCCACGCUGGCUGCACCAACAGACAGAGAAGCAGCGCAUCAUCUGGGGUUACAAGAUCCUCUUUCUAGAUGUGCUCUUCCCAUUAGCUGUUGAUAAAAUCCUGUUUGUGGAUGCUGAUCAGAUUGUGCGCACAGAUCUGAAAGAACUGAGGGAUUUCAAUCUCGAUGGCGCUCCCUAUGGAUACACUCCAUUCUGUGACAGCCGCAGGGAAAUGGAUGGCUACAGGUUCUGGAAAUCAGGAUACUGGGCAAGUCAUUUAGCUGGAAGAAAAUACCACAUCAGUGCUCUGUAUGUUGUGGAUCUGAAGAAGUUCAGAAAGAUAGCAGCUGGAGAUCGACUCAGAGGACAGUAUCAGGGUCUGAGUCAGGAUCCAAACAGUCUGUCCAACCUUGAUCAGGAUUUGCCAAACAACAUGAUCCACCAAGUACCAAUUAAGUCCCUCCCCCAGGAGUGGCUGUGGUGUGAAACAUGGUGUGACGAUUCCUCGAAGAAGAGAGCAAAAACCAUUGAUCUGUGUAACAACCCAAUGACCAAAGAGCCCAAGCUGCAAGCAGCCAUGAGGAUAGUUCCAGAAUGGCAGGACUAUGAUCAAGAAAUCAAACUCCUCCAGAGUAAUUUCCAGAAGGAAAAAGAAAUGGGAACACCAGCUAAGAUGCCAGGACAACACACACAUGAUCCAGCAGCACAUGUGGAAUUAUGAUCCAUGGAGACAAAUUCAAGUUAGACUCUUUCAUAGACAAUUUUUAUAUUGAAAGCUAGUUUUUCUCCAGUGUGUCUGCAAAACUGCUGAAUAAUUGAAUGGGAUGAUGUAUGCAUUUCUAUUACUUGCCUUUGGGUUAAUUUCUGCAUAUGAAAUAGGAUCUGGAUUGCUGGAAUUAGCAUUACUGGUGUUUUGCACCUGUGGUGGAGAUGAAAGACCCCAUGAUGGAAUUUAGUGUUUCAGAAAAAAAACUCCACAAUCCACCAGAAGAGUCACAACCUGUUUCUUCAGCUGUUGCUGCCUCCACCACUGAUGAAGCUCCAGUUUAGCCUCAGAUCUAACUUGAGAGUCUGGGAAUUGCAGACAUACAUCCUAACCUCAUCUGAUGGACAUAAUUUUUCCAGGUAACAUUAUAAAGCUCUAAAUUAUGCCUUGAAUUUGGGACACUUUCAUCUUCAGGUUUUCAAACAAUUGAAAAUACUUCUUGGAUUUGUUCAAUCUGCCCUUGAUUUUGUAACAAAACAAGCAUUGUUUUGAUUUUCUAUUUCCUGUCUUCAUUUCUUGCCCAACUUUUGAUGGUUUGGCUUAAUGUAAAGCUACCACAAUCUAUUUAAAUGCCUAUCCAAAUGCAAAUGCCUAAGCUUACAAAGUGAGCAGAACACAGAAUUUGGCAGCUGAGUUCAUCCUAGCCUAUAUGACUUGAAUCAAAGUGCCCUCCCUUCCUCCUGCUCCAAGUGUAAAUCAGUCUGCAAAACUGGUAGGGCUUUCCUCUUGCUGUGGUUCACUGAUUCAUGAAUGUUUUUGGUUUUUUUUUUGUUUAUGAAAAAUCUGUGGAAGCUUGGAAGUUUAUCAUCAUGUAAAUUCCAUUAACUUUAUUUUUCUUCAAACAGAGAUGUUGUCACAUCAAUAAAAACUUAAGAGUUCUUAGGUCUUAAGCUUUAGUUCCCACUCAGUCCUCUGAUCAUCCAUUUUCCUUGCACACAUUACAGUCCCAAUUUGGUUUUGGGGUUCCUGGAUAUUUCCCUUGCAUUUGUUUUCUUUCUGUGCAUAGACAAGAAGGUCUCUUCUGCAAGGUUAAUUACCCUGGGCUAGUUUUAUCAUUCAUAUUCAUGUCUUCAUUUUUAAAGAUGCUGCUGCCAGAGUUCUGUACUAUGAAUAUGCCAAUUAAAGAAAACCCUCAAACCCAGUUUCCCUCAUUCUAAAGGGUUAAUAGUCUGCUCUCUAUAGCACUGAGGAGUUGAAAUGUUAAGACCUAAAAGGAGAUUUCUAGUACAAAAUGUAGUCACCUGUGCAGCUUGAGAAAUCCAAACUUUUUUUGUUUUUGUGCCUCCCAUGUUUUUAUACAAGUAAAUGUUUUGUGCUGUAAGACCUUCAACCCAACAAUCCUGACUUGAGAUAUUCUUGUGGAAUUGCUGUGUUAUAAAUCCUGUCAUGUUUUGGAGGAAUCUGAAAGAAGACAUCAGUAGUAGUGUUUAAACUGUUCAAUAGUGCAACUUAGGAGAAAAAGCAGCUCUUCUCCAGCCAGCUGAGGGAAGGGCCCAAACUCUUAAAAAAAGCACUUUAAGAGCAACUUACAGAGUUCCUCAGCUUUUGUAUUUCCCACGUUGUGGGGUUUUAAAUUCAGAUAGUCUGUCUGGUGGCUCUGGAAAUUACAGGUGAGGUGCCUUAUGCUUCCCAUCACAACU